AUGCCAAACACAAUCACUACAGAUUACCUAAACACGACAUCUUUCAAACCAAAUCUAUUUCAGGACAAAGUUGUUUUAGUUACAGGUGGUGCUGGUACAAUAUGCCGAGUACAAACAGAAGCAAUGGUAAUAUUAGGUUGUAAAGCUGCUAUUAUGGGACGUGAUGUUGAAAAAACCGAUGAAAUUGCCAAGGAAAUCGGUCUUUUAUAUCCAGACCAAGGUUUUUCUGAUCCAGUUAUUGGGCUGGGUGGGAUAGAUGUUAGAAAAGUUGAUAAAAUAAAAGAAGGGGUUUCAAAAUGCAUUAAACAUUUUGGGAGAUUGGAUUUUUUGAUUUGUGGAGCUGCCGGAAAUUUCAUUUGUUCUGUACCACAUCUAUCACCAAACGCAUUCAAUUCUGUCAUAUCAAUUGAUUUGAUUGGAAGUUUUAACACUGUAAAGGCCUGUUUACCAUAUUUGAAACAGUCAAAGGGUUCAAUCCUUUUUGUUUCUGCAACUUUACAUUUCCAAGGGACUCCUUUCCAGUCUCAUGUAGGAGCUGCUAAAGCUGGGAUUGAUGCACUUUCAAAUUCAUUGGCAGUUGAAUUAGGCCCUUGGGGAAUAAAAUCAAAUUGUCUUGCUCCAGGCGCAAUUGGUAAUACCGAAGGCUUCAAAAGGUUGAUGAAACCUGAAUAUUUGGCAAAUGCUUCUGAACGUGUACCUCUACAACGAUUAGGAACUACAAGGGACAUAGCUGAUACAACAGUUUAUAUAUUCUCGCCUGAAGCAAGCUACAUUUCAGGAACAGUAAUUACUGUUGAUGGAGGUUUAAGACAUAUUGGGAAUAUCUUUAACGGCGAGAUGUACCCAAAAGAAUUAAUCAAAGAUAUUAAUAGAGCAAAAUUGUAA